AUGAUAUUUUUCGCCUGUGUUCUUUUUGGAUUGGUUUUUGGAUACGAUGGGAGUGAAUGUAAUCCAGCUGAAUGGUACAUAGCUGUGAAAUGUAGCAUUAAGCACGGAGAACUGUUAAGCCAGGCUAAAAUUCUUGAUUUGAAAAAUGACUACAAUAUGAGAAAGAUCAACAUGACCUGCACGGAUUUUCUUAAGUGCUCAACACAAUUCAAAUGUGGGAGGACUAAAAAAGAUGUGGAGGAGAUUGAAAAAGCGGUUUUCGUGUGUAAUUUUGUUGCUUUCCUCAUUUCACCUGGUUUUGUGGAUUGUGUUGAUAAAGUGGACUCCAAGAAAUCCACGUGUCUUCAGGAAUGGGAUCCGUUUCCAGAUCUUGAAGGAACUGAAGAAGAGAACAAAGUGAAACAGAAGGAGGCUUGUAGAAACUUUUUUGGCAAAGACAACUGUAUGGAAAAGGAGAUGGUAGACAUGUAUAGCAUGGACUUGUGGGAGGAUUUCAGGAAGCACUACUUGGUACUGAACAAAAUCUUCAAAGCAUGCGAUUUUGAUUAA